UGCCUUUUUUUAUUUCUCUCUUGAUAAAACUCAAUAUAUUAACUGUUGAGCUUAUUUUUUCUACUUACUGCCGAAUUUCCAUAAUCUGGUAGUUGUUUUCAUUCAAGAUGCUAUUUUAUGUUACAAUAGCCCUUGUGGCUGCCGUGUUUUCGGCUGCAAACGGUUCGGAUGAAACAUGUCCGCUGUAUGGGACCAUGGCCUGCGCUGAUCACCUGACUGGGAAAGAUAUACUUCGUUUUGAUAAUAAACCACUUGCAGAAAAUGAGGAAAACUUGGAAAAACAAUGCGAGGAUACAUUGCCAUACGUGAAAUGUGUGGUCGACUUCGGAUCCAGAUGUCCAAAUUAUAUGGAUAACAUUUAUUACCAGACUUUCAAAGAUCAGUAUUCUACAUGUCUUCUAAUUUGUGACAAGAAUAAUGGCUUCAGAAGAUCGUUCUUAGAAAGUGCCAGGUGUCUAAAUGAGCAGAAUGAACAUCGGGGUGACAAAUGCGGAGACAUACCUCGCUUUCCUGGAUCCUUAAAAGAUUUUACCCAGGAAUUCUGUUUGGUUGAUCCUUCACUUGCUGCAUGAGCAAUGAGCAUAUGUGCCCAGAAAAGUCCUUUACGGCUUUUAUUUUCGCGACCAAGGACAGUACGCACAUACUUCCAUUUCCAAAAAUUUGUAUUUUAGUAUUGUCUGUAUAUUUGUAUCCAGUUCCAUAAAACUCUAUUGUAGUCUUGUAAACAUAUUCUUCCAAUUACAAAAUAUUCUUAUUAUGCUGGAUUUAAAUUUUUAAAAAAUUUUAAAUUUUGUAAAAAUUUGUAAAAAUUUUGUAAAAAUUAUAAAAUUCAACUUUUGUACACUUCCC